UCUCAAGCAUCAUAGUUUCUUCCUCAUUCAUCAAAGCAGAACAAAUAUCACAGAAAACAGAUUUAUAAAAUAAUAUGGAUGCAAAGAUAGGAGCUGCAGCAACUCACAUGACGAAUAAUUUCGAACCAUCUUUCGAUUGGGUACGUGAGGAAGAAUGCGACACCCUCCUCAUAUAUCUUCCCGGGUUCACAAAAGAGCAGCUAAGAGUUCAACUAACAAGAACAAGAAUCUUGAAAAUCAGUGGGGCAAGGCCAUUGGGUGAUAACAAGUGGAGCAGUUUUCAUAAGGAUUUCGACGUGUCGGAAAAUUGCGACACGAACAAAAUCACCGCAAAAUUCGAAGAAGGCAUACUCUACGUAAGGCAGCCGAAAGUGAUCGUUCCGGCAGGGGAUAAAGAAGCGAAGAAAAUCCCGCCACCACCGGAAAAAACUACUACUCCUCCACAAAUAUCGCAACUGCCAGCGCCGGCGGUGGCUGAGCAUUCUCCGCCGCCUCCAAAGGUUGAUCAACGACAGGAAACUGCCGCCACCCCACAUGAGGAUUUUCCGGAAAAGUCGGAUCGGGAUAAUAAAGAUAAUGUAAUAAAGCCCGCGAAUGACGGAGAGAGAAGCCGCAGCGAAAACGCAAGUGCCAAGAAAGACGAGAGGAAGUAUGCGCCGGAGAAAAACGGCAAACACGGAAAAAUAAUUUCGGGGAAUAACGUCGGUGCUGAGGUGGUGAGCCCGGCAGCAAAGUUGAAGAAGGUGAGAGAGAGGAGUAUGAUGGUUAUGGCUGUUCUAUUUGCCUUUGCAUUUGGCAUGAUUGUGAGCAAUCUGGGGUGGUUUACCAGAAAAACAGAUAACUGAUCAAGAUUGUGUGAUCAUGUGUGUGUACUUUAUGUAUAAUUGAUUGAAGUAAUAAACGGACAAUAAUAUAUCCCAAGUAUUAUGUUA